CUCCUUCUUCCCCCUUUUCCCGCUUUCACUCUGCAACUUUCUAAGUUCAACACAGGUUUUUUUUUUUUUUUUUUUUUUUUUUUUGAAGUUCACGCGUCCGGCCUUUUAAAAUGGUGGAUUUGCUUCUUGGACUAAUGCAUGCUUGGGGUGUUUUGGCACAUAAAUGGAAGUCACGCCCCCUUUUGCUUCUCUUUCGCGCCCCUUUUAAUGAUGAGCAGCAAGUACAUAAUUUGAAAUUGAUGAUAUUGAUAUCGAUGAUACCUCUUUUCUUUCUCUUUCUCCCUUGUGUCAUCCUCCCCACUGCACCUUUUCAAUUCUUAUGCACAGUCUCUUUCACUAGUGCAUCUCUUUGUAAUACUAGCGAGCACAUGAGCAAUCACAAUCUAGCAACACUUUGCAAAAUGUUAUUUAUAAUAUGAUGUUUCUUUUAAAUGCAAUUGGGAUCUGAAUGACAAUGAUUGCUCUAAUUGGUAUUGUUA